GCUACCAGUCUACACUCAAAUGCGUUGUAACUCACACGCCAUCCAUCACUAUGGAUUGGCUGUGUCGUGACAGAUUUCUCCCGAGCUGUGCGGCCGAGUGGAAACUAGUGACCGUCUAAGUUACCAUUGGAUUGGAUAUUCAGUGAUGUGAACUUUUCGCUAGUUGUGGUUAAUUUAUUCGUAUUACUCAAAUGCUCACGUUUCUUAGUACGUGAUCAGUAUCAUUCGACUGUUGUUACUGGCUUCGGCGAAACAGACCGUACGAAUUUUAACGGCUGCAGUGACCGAUUUUUGUAUUUUGUAAAGGCGUUGAUAUUACUUUGAAUUCAUUAGUGACCUUUUUCGUUGGAACAAUCGUCCAUCAAAGACGAAUUAAUUCUUGACGCGUCUCGCUCGCGUCCGGUGGUUCAUGCUUUCCAAGUGUCCAUGGUUUCGAACAGUCUUUCUUGGCGAACCGUCGCCUAGACCACUUGCUCGCGUCGGACUGCGUGAUGGAUACCUUAUCAAACGUAUAAUAAUAAUAAACGGUAGUAAUCGGCUAAUUAUCUUUUUUAGGGCGAUAAAGCCAUUAAAAAUCGUGUAAUGCCUUGUCAGUGCGCGAUCUACGUUGGAGUGGUAAGGUGAUGUUUUACGUUUCGUGUUGAAAAAAGUGAUAGUGUGUUGCGGAAAAUGUGGGGUGCGGCAGUGUCGAAUCCUCCUCAUUACCAUUACAUCCAGGGUCCGGGGCCGGGGGGUCCAGGGCCUCCCCCGCGAGGUCCCGGCGGUCCUGUACUGUCGGGGCCGAGCCCCAGACAUUUGCGGCCCCAGUCCUCGUACUCGUUGCCCCACGGAAGCAACGGCCCGGGCCGUUGGGGUUGGUCCGGUAGUAAUGCAUCUUCGUUUGACCGAAGGCAGACGAAAGUACCACCACAGCCGGCCAGACCAGCGCCGAUUCGACCUUCAGAGAGGAGAAAUGCCAAUUACAAGGUCGAUCCUGAGCUGAUCUUCACGAAACAGGAGAAGAUCGGCAAGGGGUCCUUCGGCGAGGUGUUCAAAGGCGUCGACAACAGGACGCAACAAGUGGUCGCCAUUAAAAUAAUUGACCUCGAGGAAGCCGAAGAUGAAAUCGAGGAUAUACAGCAGGAGAUUAUGGUGUUGUCACAGUGUGAUAGCCCGUACGUCACUAAGUAUUAUGGAUCAUACUUGAAGGGAACAAAACUAUGGAUUAUAAUGGAAUACCUCGGCGGGGGGUCGGCGUUGGACCUCAUGAAAGCCGGCAGCUUCGAGGAGAUGCACAUAGCGGUCAUCCUGCGGGAGGUGCUGCGGGGUCUGGACUAUCUGCACUCGGAGCGGAAGCUGCACAGGGACAUCAAGGCGGCCAACGUGUUGUUGAGCGAGAUGGGAGAUGUUAAGUUAGCAGAUUUCGGUGUCGCGGGCCAAUUAACAAACACAACUAGCAAAAGGAACACAUUCGUCGGUACGCCGUUUUGGAUGGCGCCCGAGGUCAUAAAACAGUCGUGCUACGACAGCAAAGCGGACAUCUGGUCACUGGGCAUCACUGCCAUAGAACUAGCGAAGGGAGAGCCCCCCAACUCAGAGCUGCACCCCAUGAGAGUGCUGUUCCUCAUACCCAAGAACAACCCCCCACAACUGACCGGCAGCUAUUCGAAACCCUUCAAAGAGUUCGUCGAGGCGUGCUUGAAUAAGGACCCCGAAAAUAGACCAACUGCGAAAGAGUUACUAAAGUUCCAGUUCAUACGGAAGGCGAAGAAGAAUUCGUAUCUAAUGGAUCUUAUUGAUAGGUAUAAGAAGUGGAAAGCGCAGAGAAGUGAAGAGAGCGAAACAGAGUCGGAAAAUUCAGAUUCGGAGGAGUGCAGCCGUGGAGACAGUGAGGCGGACGAGCCGUGGAUCAUGACGGUGCGCGGCGGGUCGGCGGCGCGCUCGGCACAGCCGCUGGCGCCGCUGCCCGCGCUCGCGCUGGCGCACCUCGCCGACGACAAGCGGCGCUCGCUGCACGAGGACGCGGGUAUGUGUACCUACCGUACGAGCUGUGGACCGCUGGCGCCGCUGCCCGCGCUCGCGCUGGCGCACCUCGCCGACGACAAGCGGCGCUCGCUGCACGAGGACGCGGUAAUACCGUCGCCCACGUCGCCCGUGGCGCCCAAACAGAACGGGUCGCUGAGCGCGCGCGCCGACGACUCGCCCCCCGACAACCACAAGCCCGCGCCGCUCAACAACAACGCGCCCGACAAGCAGCCCUCCCGACAGACGGCGCUGACGUCGCCGCCGGUGGAGCAGCGCGGCGCCAAGGAGCGCGAGCGCGCCGAGCGGGACGAGCGCAAGGAGCGCGACGAGCGGGCCGCCAACCGGGACAGCGUAGUCUACAACAAUAAAGCUUCAUCUCCAUUGGACCACAGAGGAGCGAACAACGAGGAGAACAAAGUAAGGCGGCAUGCGUAUCUCCAACAGCUUAUAUACCCACUAUUGAAUGAGCUAUCGCGCAAGCACGGCGCGGGCAGUGCGAGCGCGAUAGAGGAACUCCGACGUGCCUUCGACGCGGCCGAGCGCGCUGCGCCGCACCUCACCCGGGCCUUCGUGCAGCAGGUGGUGCAAAGGGUGGCGACACAGUCGCACACGAGCGCGCCGCCCUCGCCGCCCGCGCACAACCCGCUGCAGCCCAAGCACCAGUGGAUGAGGGACCUAUAAUAUCAGUGGCGCCAGUCCGCGCACCGCAUGCGGCCGUGCGGCGACGCACCGCGAGCUGCCUCACCGCGCACGGCGACGCAACGCAACUGUUACGCCAGCACCGCACAGCACCGCAACCCGCAUACAUCGCCGCACACCUUGCUUGUGAAAACUUCGUAGACGGACAAACUUUUCGUCUAAUCAAACUUGCGGCUUUGUUUGUCAAACAUCGCUUAGUGUGAAACAUGUUUGACGCGGUAACGCAACGCAUUAUUAUGACAAAAUAACGCAAAGAAAGGACAAUUUGGCCUAUGAAUCAACAAACGUUUCGUAUCCUUUUAUUUUCAAAUUACUGCCACAUUUAAUGGACAAUUUAGAGAUUAUUGUAUUUUAUCAAACAGACAUACCAGAUGGACUUUGCGGAAAAGUCACAAGCAGAGGGCCUAGUGGCAGUUUGAUACUGUUACUGUCACGUAACGUAAACACGAAUUUAUAAGAAAUUGAAACAGCGCCAUCUAGUGGACUACUGCACAACUGUUUCAACUCCAUAUAAAUUUGCGUUUACGCCAACGCGAUAGUAACAGUAUGAAAAUAUUGUAAACUCCCACUGGGCACACAAAUCCUCGUAAUUAUGCUUGUCAAUAAAUCUAAAACAAUGUUUUUUUUUUAUUCUCCUUGAGUUAAGUGAAGAUGCAAUCUAAGAUGAAAGCGGGCUAACUUGUCAGGAGUAAGAUGAAAUCCACACUCCUUUCGGUUUCUACACGACAUCGUACCGGAACGCUUAAUCGCUUGGCGGGACGUCUUUGUCGGUGGUAACUAGCCAUGGCCGAAGCCUCCCACCAGCUGAACUUAAUAUUUCUCUGUUCUCUGUACUUCAUAGCAGAACAUAAUAUUUCUUAGUUGUGUCUUUUUAUUUUAGUUUGCUCCUAAGUGUAGGUGUAACCUGAUACUUCAUGUUUUAAGAAUGUCGAUUUCUUAAGCCGACUUUGUAUAUGCGCUGAUGAUUGUCCUUUUACUUCCUAUAAAAAUAUCAUAAACGGAUUAUUAUGUCGUAUUGUGAAUUGCGUUGCGUUGAAUAUUAUAAGAUUCGAAAGCGUUAGGGGCUAUCUAUUGCAUAUUAAAUAAUUUUAGAAGGCUCUUCCUUUAUCACACAAAAAAGAAAAUCAAAAAAUCGAUUCGCGUGUUGAUUACACGAAAAAGUUGUACUUUUAGAAUUGUAAGUAUACGUCACGGAAGUUAUGAAUCCUCCUCUCUUGAUUGUCACGAUAUCCUUAACGUACUCUUACCACGUUCGCUGCGGUACGAGGUCAAUUGACCUCGUACGUCUAGCUACUUCAAGAGUUACUAGGACCUCGUACCACACCACAAAGUUUUAGUAUGUGGUCAAAAAACCUCGUACCGCACCAGAGGAAAGUACAGAAAAAUCAGUGGCGCAGCGAACGUGUUAAAAACAGAAUGAAAAAUGAAAAACGGCCCCUAACUUGUUCUCAAAGUGCUCUGUCAAGCCAUAUUGUAUUCAUCGCUGAUGUAUUAAUAUUAUAUACACUAGCAACACGUAUUUUGUAUGAGCUUUUAUUGCGGAUAUAAAAUAAAUAAAUAUUUAUGUGACGACCACUGAAUACAAUUCUAUAUUAUUGUAUUAUAACGCUUGGAUAAACAGAUAUACUUCAAUAAUAAGCCAACACUUUAUUAUUUAUUAAAGAGUUUAUUUUCGCGCAACAAAAUAUAAAGCAACCGUCUCAGAAUAAUUCUAAACAGUAUUAAGGUCAUAGCACAUAAGAGCCGUCCGGUACACUACAUGCACCGUCUUACCGCCUUACCGCACCCAUUACAUUAACUCUGUAGCGUUACCAGAGUGCCUUUUGGGAGUUUUCAAUGUUUUCAUACUGUGACGAUCGCGUAAACGUAAACGCGAAUUUCUAUGGGAUUGAAACAGCGCCAUCUAGUGGCGUUACUGCACAACUGUUUCAAUCUCUCUCUUUUGUCCUAUCGCUACGAAAGAUAUUUCUGGUAUAUUAUUUGACUAUGCGACGUUCAAUCGUUGACGACACGAGGUUCCCUGGUUGACCACGCGAUGUUCAGUAGUUGACGUCAAGUGUUUCAUUGGUUGACCACGCGACUUUUGAUAAUUGACAUCAAGUGUUUCACUAUUUGGCCGCACAACGUUCAGUAGUUGACGACCAGUGUUUCACUGGUUGAUAACCCAACAUUCAGUACUUGACGAGUGAUUCGCUGGUUGAUAACGCAACGUUCAGUAGUUGACGACGAGUGUUUCACUGGUUGACCGCGCGACGUUCAGUAGUUGACGAGUGUUUCACUUGUUGACCGCGUGACGUUCAAUUGUUGACGACGAGUGUUUCACUGGUUGACCGCGCGACGUUCAGUAGUUGACGAGUGUUUCACUUGUUGACCGCGUGACGUUCAGUUGUUGACGACGAGUGUUUCACUGGUUGACCGCGCGAUGUUUAGUAGUUGACGACGCGUGUUUCACUGGUUGACAGCGCGACGUUUAGUUGUUGACAGCGAGUGUUUCACUGGUUGACAAUGCAAUGUUCAAUGGUUGAACGAGCAACGUUCGAAUAAAUGACGAGAUGUGCAUGUUGGUUGCUGGGUAGCUUUAAUGAGCUAUGACUUCACCUCAUUAUUACUGAACAAACUCUAUCCAAAGUCCGUCUUUUAGUGACCUUAUAUUAUUGUAAUCUCUUUCAAAAUAUAAUAGUGUAAUCACCGCUUUAGUUCUUGGAUAUUUAUAUUAAAUAAAGGGUAUUUUUUUCAUACAAUCAAUUUGUAACAUCUAAAUAUGCGUAAAUCGAAAUACUGGACGAAGUAGAGACUAUAGCAGUGCAUGAAGUCAGGUCAACGGAACGAGAUGAGUAAUGUAUUUUUGCUUAUAGUUUUAUUAGUAGAAAGAAUUGCGUAUGUAAUUAUUACACUGUCGAGUCUUUUUUUUUAAUUCUUUACAAGUUAGCCCUUGGCUACAAUCUCACAUGAUAGUAAGUGGUGAUGCUGUCCUAGAUGGAAGCGGGCUAACUUGUUAGGAGGAGGAUGAAAAUCCACACCCCUUUCGGUUUCUACACGAAAUCUUACCGGAACGCUAAAACGCUUGGCGUUACGUCUUUGUCGGUAGUGUAGUUAGCCACUGCCGAAGCCUCUUACCAGCCAAAGUCGAGUCAAGUCGAGUUGGUUGAUCAAAAACAAUAAAAAUCGGACCCCUUAAGUACCUCUUAUAUUUGUUCUUACGCAAAAGUGUGCAUACAUUUUUAUCUAGUUUCGAUGGUCUAACUUUUGCAGAGUUGCAAUGCCAUAUUUUAAAAUGUAACGUAUUUAUAAACAUUGAGACACUACAUCUUAUGAUAGGUAUAUCGUACUAUGUGACUUAUACGUGUAAAUUAUAUACAUUUUAUAUACCCCUUAUUGUCGUGAUUUUUUUCAUGUAUACCAUCGCUAUAAGGCUUAGGUUACACGUCCGAUCGCGACGCCAUUAUGAAUGAAGCGUGGCCUCGCGGCGGUUGUAUGCGGGUUGUUUGUUUUAUAAUAUCUGACCUUGUUGAUUUAUAAAUAUUCGUGGAGAGCGAGUUAGCUACACUUCGCCAAUAUUUUGCCAUAAAGUUUUUUUUUUUUUAUUUUAUUUACUAACACGUUUUGUAUAGAGGCCCAUUCACUACGGCCGUCGAAAUUCUAACGUAUUUAUAUGCUUAGAAGUAUGUUGAAAUUUGGUAGUGUUUCUUUAGUGUCAUUCCAGACAAAAGACAACAUUGUCAGCAUUUAUAGAUUUAUUUGUUUGUAUUUCAUUUUUUUUUUUCGUCGAACUUGAUUGCGUUCUCGUUCUUGUUUUAACCGGCGGCGCCGACGCACCGCGUACAGAGACCGUUCGUAGGAGUGUUAAUAAAAUUCUUUAGUUUAAUUUUAUUGAAAUAAGUUUUAUUGUACGGGAAUAUUUGUAACACGCCACCCCAACUUGCGCGACAAGUGAAAUCGUAUCGACAACUUGUCGUAAUACGAAGACUUGGUUUGAUCGUUGAAAAAUGGCGUCGCACAAGGUCGGGUGGCGUGUCGCCAAUGUACACCCGGCUUUAGUGUUCGGUUGUUUACCGAUUUUGUAAUAAAUACGUGGCUAAUAAGAUGUUCUAAAAACAAUUAAUCUAAUUAUUUGUUGCAAAUUUUAAUAUUUUAAUUUUAUUUCGUUUAGAUAAUGUAGACACGAGGUGAGGCGAUACUUUAGCUUUAGUGUUUUGUGAAUUAUAUAUUAAAAAAAGAGAAGUAUUCCCGACACCAACGACCACGCGGUGUCCGACACGACAUGCUUGAUAUGCGACAAUAUUUAGCAAUCGGAAACUAUAUAGAUUAUAUUAUUAUGAAGACUACAAAUAAAAUAAAAAAAAAACAAUUAUUAUCGCUGUGUAAAAAUGUAAACCUAUUAUAAAUGUGUAAAUUGUGUAGUGUAAUAUACAGAAAGCUGUUUAAUGAAGUGUUCUUAUAAGCGUACGGAGACACCGUCGCGCGCGCGCUCGCGCUCGCAAUAAUCUAGUUUGUAAGUACCUUUUCCAUUCUUAUGCUAAUAUUAGGAAGCACUAAGCAUUGCCUCUAACUCGUUAUUAAGAACGCGUCCGGGCUGACGGGGGAUAUGUCACAUAUAGCCGGAUUCACAUGUGUCGUGUCGUGUCGUGUCGUGACGUAUCAGAACAGAAUCGGUAUCAAACAUUUUGUAUGGGGCACAUCAGAAGCCAUCACGACAUGUCAACACGUAAGUGUAAACGUGCCAUACAAAAUUUAUGUAACCGAUUCUGUUCUGAUUCGUCACGACACGACACGACACGUCAGACAAAUGUAAAUCCGGCUUAUUACAACUAUGACGUAUAGUGCGACAUAAAAGAGUAGAAGUUAUUAAAAAUGGUACUAAUAAACUAGCUAUGUGGCAACACCAAAUUUACUGUCAGUAUCACAAAGAUCUGUCAUAAUAGCGCAACCAAUUAUUAUUGAUAGUUUUGACAGAUUAUUAAAAUAAUAGUAGAAAUUCGGAUAAUUACCAGAUGAAUUACAAUAAAUAUCAUUUAUUUAGAUGAGAUAUACUUUCUUCUAAAUUUAAUAUAAUAUGUAAAUCAUAAAAUCAGCUAUCUUAGAACCCAGAACAUGAUAGUGGUGUAAAUAUUUUUUUUAAAUAGUAAUAUUAUUUUCAACUGAUCAUCGUAUUUUAAAUAAGAACAUAAUUUUAUCUAAGUACGUAUAAAACAAAAUAUCAAUUAUUAUCAAGUAUCAAGUAGUUGCAGUCCUAAGUGGAUGACAGAAAACAGGAUUACCAUAUAGCAAGUGACUACAGCGCCGUCAUUUAUUUCCUACUCUUUUGUUGCGCACUAAAGGUCGUAUUGCGUUAAGCUGAGUACACAUGUGAUGCAUCGAUAGAUUAACUGGUGUUGCAUGAUAAGAUCUACUGGAUUAAUGUGUUAAAUUCUGAUCAUAGGUAGAUUUGAUUUUUUUUGACAAAGCGGGAUAGACCCUUUUAUGUGAAGACAAAAUUAUUUUUUAUCAAAAUAAGUAAGUCUUAAGUAUAUAAAUAUGGCCAUUGGUUUUCCCAUUUGUAAUCGAGUUGUUUUCUAAUUUUCUAAAUAUUCAGAAUUAUUUGGUUUUAAUUAAUUUGUUUUUAAAGCUUCAUGCACAACAACAUUAGUAUGUUUAAAACAAGUUUUCUUGAUCUAUUUUCUUUGAAGUUAUACUUGUAAUGUUUGUGAGAAAAUGUGGGUAGUUACACCUUACUGCGGCCGCAUGUGUACCCGGCGACAGUCGCUCGUCAGUCGGCCGCUGGUCGCGAGUCGCGCGCGAGUGCCCGCGCGUCGUGCUCUGCCUUGUAUUUUUGUUUUGCCAUGUGAAUCGAGCAUGGGAGAUGUUAUGUUGAUUUCGAUGGAGGAACAAAAAUUAUUUUUCCACUUGAUGGUAUUAAUAUAUGGUAAUAACGCGUGUAGUGUUAGAAGUUGGGCGAUAAUUGUUGAUUAUUGAUUAAAAUUAGGUGUUUGUGGCAUUGGAUCGUAGUCGAGACGCGUCAGCGGAGGCCGCGACGCGUUAGUCGCGACGCGCGUCCCGCCCAAGCUGUCGCGGCCUCCGCUCGGUAGUGGUUUGUAGUGGUUACCUACAGAAUUCGCAUGAUUGUUCAAGAUCGCGUCGUUUGGUUCAUGGGUAUUGUGAUCAUAAUUGCAUAGUUAAUAAAUUAAAAUAUAUAUUAUUAUGAUAAUAUAUAAGUCUAUCGGUAUCGAAGUCUGCGUAGUGUAAAACAUCGCGCGUCGCCCCGACCCCGUGUGGAUUCGAAGUCGAAGAAUGUCGGUUAUUAAACAACGCUUUACUGAGUAACUGUGAUAUAAAUAUACGGUGAAUUGUCAUGAAUGUUAGUGAGUAGGGCGCGCGACUGUCGCGUUUGCGUUCGUCGUGAUGCAACGGUCGCGCUGUCGCGGCGUCGGGGCGGCGCGUGUAACUCGUAGCUCGGUAUAAGCCACUCAUGCACCAAGUCGAAGUAACAGCUCACGGCGCGCACCAUUAGUGUAAUGGUCAAUUGAUGUUGCGGCGUCAUUCUAACACGUUUAUGUAGGAAACAAAUUUGACUCUGAAAUAAAAGAAGUUAUUUAAUUUUGGA